AUGAUGAUAAAUGAUACCACUAAAGGUCCUUUUGCUUGCAAAGCAAUUCAUAAGGUUUUGUGGAAUACAGUAAAAGGAGGAGAUGGUUAUGUUAUAUUUUCUGGUGGUAUGCCGAGAUCCAGUUAUGGGGAGAAAUUCACAGUGACAAUCAUGUGUGGUGACAGACAUCAGGUUCUAGACUUGUCUUCCAAAGUGAUAAAUUUUUUUACAAUAUCUGAUGCAUUAGAUGAAUCAGAGUUUGAUAAUCCUCACUCCCUUGUUAUCUUGGUGGAAGAAGAGCUCAUUGCAAUAGAUUUGGAAUCAGAGUUUUGGUCACCUUAUAAGUAUCCAUAUUUAGAAAUACCUCAUUCUUCAUCCAUAACUUGUUACCAGUUUUGUCCUAACGUACAUGAUGAUUUGUGGAAACAACUCGCUGCAUCAUCUCAAAGUAUGCCUGCUCAAAACAUUUCUGAAAAUGACUGGCCUAUCAAAGGAGGCUCUGUUAUACCUGAUGAUAAUCCAGUCAAUAAUCUUUUAGUCACUGGUCAUGAAAAUGGUUGUGUGAAAAUCUGGAAAGCUACACUAACUUCAUUACAACUUAUUUAUUCAUUUCAUACUUCGCAAGUUUUUGUUACUUACGAUGGAGAAGAAGAAAAAGAUGAUGAUGAUAAUGAAGAGUGGCCACCUUUCCGUAAAAUUGGCAGUUUUGAUGUAUUGUCAGAUGAUUCCCGGCUUGCAGUUAAGACUCUUGUGCUGAAUGAUAUUACACGCACACUCAUAGUUGGGGGUAAUGGAGGUCAGAUACUUGUGCUGCAGCUGCUUGAUGUUGAUGCUGAGAAAGAGACUAUAGUUACACACAUUACUAUUGGAGACAAAUGGGAUAACAGUUUAUGGUGUAAUCCUCAGCCACUCAUUGUAAAGCAUGGUAAAAGGAAAUAUGGUAAAGGAUUUCAUGUUCAGUGUGUUGUUCAACUUACGCCUCCUGCACCAGUGAUGUCUCUAGCUUUUCAUGCUGAGUGGAACUUAGUAGCAGCAGGUAUCACCCAUGGUUUUCUACUGUAUGAUAUUGUGCAAAAGAAAUCUGUGACGUCCAGAUAUACUCUAAAUAUGUCAGAAACUAGCACUGUUCUAGCGAACAUUUCUCCAAAAUCCAAGUCUUUGAAGAAGUCUUUCAGGGAUUCCUUUCGUAAGUUAAAAAUAACAAAAAGCAAAUCCAUUAAGAGAGAGCGAUCUGGUUCUUUGAGUGGAGAAUUUCAAGAACU